UCCGCUACUUGUGUAAACAUGGCCGCGGAGUCUCCUGCAGGAACCGAGCGCCCUCAGUAAAACCCAGCGCAGCUCAGUCCGCGGGGGAGCAGCGGGGAAACUGCAGCCGGGACCGGGCUUCGGGGGGUCCGGACACAUUUUACCGCAGUGAGGAAAAGGAGGAAGACCCGCGGCGGAGCGCAGGGUUUAGAAAAACUACAGAACCGCUGGAGGAAAAGUUCAGCCCCGCGCCGAGUUUGACAGGCAACUUACCGGAGAGCUAAUGCUAACAGCGCUAGCGGGGUAAAGAGAGAGAGGGAGGGAUAGUUAUCUGAGUGAGUUUAACUAUGUUUCUCUCUCUCUCUGGAGUUUAAGAGUUUCAGAAUGAAUGAAGACUGGGUCUGGGGUUAAUCCUGCAGCAGCAGAGACUGGAGCCGGACUGCUGCUUCUCUCUAAACUGAACUACAUAAACUAGUUAAUCUGAAGUUGGAGCUGCUGAAGAUCAGCUGCAGCUCUGGAGUCUGGAUUUAACUGAGAGUUUGUGAGGUUGUGGGUGUCAGUCUGCUCCCAGACCAGCUUUAAACAUGUUUUCUCCUAAAACUCCUCCAAAACCAACCUUUAAAUCCUACCUUCCUCCACUUCAGAAUGAAUUGAAGAAAACUCCUCAAAUGCCCAUCAAGAAGCUGGAGGCCAAACUUCUACCAGGGGAGAUCGUGGUGAACGAGGUGAACUUUGUGCGGAAGUGCAUCGGGGCAGACAGCAGUCAGGAUGACCUGUGGGGGAAACUCAUCUGCACCAACUUCAAAGUCUCCUUUGCUACCCAUGAUUCCCUGCCACAACAGAGGUUCCAGUGUGUCCACCGGCUGCUGGGAGAGCAUGAUGUCCCCCUGGCGUGUGUGGAGCAGGUCGUGACUGUGAAUGAUGCUAAGGGUAAGCAGAAGGUUCUGGGCUGUAAUAAGAAGCUGAAGUUCAACCCCACUGAGUUAAUACUGUACUGCAAGGACUUCCGCAUCGUCCGCUUCCGCUUCGACGAGGCCGGACCCGAGAGUGCCAAAAAGGUCUGUCUUGCCAUUGCCCAUUACUCCCACCCAGCCGACUCCCAGCUACUGUUCGGAUUUGAGUACGUUGGCACUCGGUUCUACAACUCUUCAGGUGAGAGGGUGAAUGGCGUGGACCCUGGUGGGGGGCUGCAGACGCCCCUGUUUGACUGCUCGUCUGACUGGGACAGAGAGAUCAAACGCACAGGAGCCUCAGAGUGGAGAGUGUGCUCCAUCAACGAGGACUAUCUGGUCUCCCCCAGUCUCCCAGAGUUCUUUGUGGUUCCAUCGUCGCUGGCAGAUCAGGACCUGAAGCAGUACGCCUGUUACUUUAAAGCUCAGCGCGUCCCGUUGUGGUGCUGGAAUCACCCCAACGGGAGUGCCCUGGUUCGCAUGUCCAGCAUCACUGAGCCACAGCAGCAGAGGAAGCUAGAUCAAAGGAUUUGCAGCGCAGUAAUCAAGAGCCACCCACUGCGCAGCGACGUCCUGAAGACGGACUUGGACAAGAGUCUGCCGAACAUCCAGGAGAUCCAGACGGCGCUGGUGAAGCUGAGGCAGAUUUGUGUAAUUGAUCCCUUCGAGGAGUCUGAGGAAAAGUGGCUGUCGUCCAUGGAAAGUUCUCGAUGGAUGGAGUACGUCAGGUCGUUCCUGAAGCAUGCGGUGGAGGUGGUCUACAUGCUGGAGGGGAAGCAGGCCUCCGUCAUUCUGCAGGAAGAGGAAGACCGGGACCUGAGCUGUGUGAUCUCGUCGCUGGUGCAGGUGAUGUGUGACCCUCACUGCCGGAGUCUGGCAGGGUUUCAGGGUUUGGUACAGAAGGAGUGGGUGAUGGCUGGCCAUCGCUUCCUCGACCGCUGUAACCACCUGAAGAAGAACGAUAAGGAGGAGUCUCCGCUGUUCCUGCUGUUCCUGAACUGCGUGUGGCAGCUGAUGGAGCAGUACCCAGCAGCCUUUGAGUUCACUGAGAUGUACUUGAUCAUGCUGAGUGACAGCAUGUGGGUUCCCGUCUUCAGCACCUUCCUCUUCAACUGCCCCCGACAGAGGGCUGAACACAGCCGGGAUUUUGCCCUCAGUAAGAGCAUCUCUCUGGGGAAGGACCAGUCCCUGCGCUUCCCCCCAGUCUGGGACUGGUCUCAGCAGUUCAGCCUGAAGGACCAGACGCUCUUCAAUAACCCUCUGUUUGUGGGCAAGAGCGCCCCCUGUGUGCACAAUGGCACAGUGCGGACCUUCGCACACAAACGCAGCAAGAAAAACUACAGCUCAACGUUACGAGGUGUUCCCACGGCCCUGCAGAACGGCGUUUCCAACGACACGCUGACACGCCGCAACUCCCUGAUGCCUCGACUGCGGCCAGACCUGGCUCAGUUACGGGAGCAGCAGGAAAGCCCUGCCGAGCGUUUCCUGCAGGACUGGCUCUCCCGUCCCGCCGACCCACAGGGCCUGCUCCUGCCCCAGCUCCUGCCCUCACACCUGCCCCUCUGGAAGCUCUACUUCCUCCGCUGGGUGCCGGAGGCCCGUAUCCCCCACGGUGGACCCGUCACUGCCUUCCACAAGCUCUCAGUUCUGGCUGACGAGAUCGAGAUGCUGCAGAACCAGCUGAGGCAGUACAAUGGAGGAGCGACUCCAGCCCUGACCCCCAGCACCCCCCCGCGCCCAGAGCCCUGCAGAAUGUACUUCAGAGCGGGGUUAUCGCCCUGCGAGACACCCCCUGCCCCAGAGUACCUCAGCUCCUCCUUCCCCUUCUCCCCCGUGGGGAACCUCUGUCGCCGCAGCAUCCUGGGAACGCCUCUGAGCAAGUUCCUGAACGGAGCCAAAAUCUGGCUCUCCACCGAGACACUGGCCAAUGAGAGCCUCUGAAACCACAGAGGAGGACCAGAGACUGUCAUCAGCCCACGGUACACUGACCCGGCUGGUACACUGACCCAACAGACCCGAAAACGCCCUGACCAUGCUGACCCAACCCAACACCACCAAAUCCAGAUGUUUGAUUAAUGCGCCAGAGUGUGAUUGCUGGAACUCACCAGAGCAUUUUCCUUAGUAAGCACUGGUCUAGAUCAUCUCCCAGUUUCACACUGUUCUGUUACAGGGGAGUUCUAGAAUUUUCUCCUAUAUUCACGCUGUGCUGAAUAGUAGCCCUCAGUGUACUUUAGUCCAGGUACUGAAUUCGCCAAACCUGGGUCUGCAGUGUUCUCCUCAAUUCAAACUGCUUUAUUUGGUUUGAUUUUAAAAGAAACUAAAUUAGGGUAGAACAUUUUGGGACAGUCUGAGAGGGAGAACAUUCUGGAACUGUGUGAAUGAGUGGAUGCCGUUUCAGAACAGUUUGAAUGAAAAAGACAGCAUUCUAGAACAGUGGGAAAGAAAAAGAGAACACUUCUAAAACAGUCUGAAUUAGAAGAGAACAUUCUAGAACAGUAAAAAAUUAUGAGAGUACUUCUAGAACCAUCUGAAUUAGAAGUGAAAAUUCUAGGACAAUUGGAAAGAAAGAACAUUUCUAGAACAGUUUGAAUUAAAAAAAGAAUAUUCUAGAACAAUGGGGAUGAAAAAAAAUUCUAGAACAAAUGUUCUAGAAAAAGAACAUUCUAGAACAGUGAGAAAGAAAAAGAAAGAAAACACUUCUAAAACAGUCUGAAUUAGAAGUGAACAUUCUAGAACAGUCUGGAAGAAAAUAAGAACACUUCUAGAAUGUUUUCUUCUAAUUCUGACUGUUCUAUGAGUAUUCUUAUUUCUUCCAGACUGUUCUAGAAGUGUUCUCUUUUUCUUUCCAAUUGUUCUAGAAUAUUCUAUUCUAAUUCUGACUGUUCUAGAACAGUGGGAAGAAAAAGAGAACACUUCUAGAACCAUCUGAAUUAGAAGAGAACUUUCUAGACCAAUGGGAAAGAAAAGGCAUUUCUAGAACAGUUUGAAUUUAAAAAAGAACAUUCUAGAACAAUGGGAAAGAAAGAAAACACUUCUAGAACAGUCUGAAUUAAAAGUGAACAUUCUAGAACAGUGGAAAAAAAUAAGAACACUUCUAGAAUGUUCUCUUCUAAUUUUGACUGUUCUAUAAGUAUUAUUAUUUUCUACCAGUAUUCUAGAAGUGUUCUCUUUUUCUUUCCAAUUAUUCUAGAAUAUUCUUUUCUAAUUCUGACAGUUUUAGUACAGUGGGAAGGGAAAAAAACAUUUCUAGAACAGCCUGAAUUAGAAGAGAACAUUCUGGAACAAUGGGAAGAAAAGAAAACAUUUCUAGAACAGCUUGAAAGAAAAAUAAAACAAUUCUAGGACAGUCUGAAUUAGUAGAGAACAUUCUAGAACAUUUUGAAUUAGAAAAACUUAUGGAACAGUCUGAAUUAGAAGAGAACAUUCUAGUCAGACAGUGUGAAAUAAUUAGUGUUUGUGGAAGACUGUAAAUGUUAUUGAAAAAUGUAAAUGGCGAGAGAACCACUGCUCUAAAGGUUCCCUCUACCUAGAAAACGUUCAGAUGUAGUACCCUCAUCCAAUUCUCAGGUUCUGGGUCUCAUUUGACUGAAUCAGUGUUUAUAAUGCUUCACAAAAACUACAUAAGCCUUUUCUGAUAACUGAAAUAGCUCUAAAUAAUAAAUAUGUAUUCCUACAAGCUUUUAGCUGAGAUCUAAUAAUGAACUCUUAUCAGCAGAAGCGUUUGGAAGCAUGUGGUGGACUGUGUCGGUCAUCAUAACAGGCUAUGUAGGUCUUGUAUAGCAUUAUAGCGUAUAUUUUUUGUGAUUUAUGUUGGGAGGUCAGUGGGUUGAGAUUAAUAAACACCACUGAACCCAACACUGGGCUGGUGAGUGUGUGGUGAGUGUGUGGUGUGGGCUAGUUGUGGGUGUAGAAAGGGACAGUGAUGAAUGGUAGGUAGUUUUGAGGCUGUGGGGUUGAAUUGCUGAUUUGGGCUGCUAGAGAGAGAUUUUACUUAAUUUAGUUUUUAUUAUUUUUGUGCAGAUUUGGUUUGAUUUACUGAAGCUCUUGGGAUUCUCCAUCAUUUUUCAUUUGUCCAAGUUUUGCAACCUUUAGUGGUCUUUUUACUUAUUUUUUUUUUUACACAAGAGCACAUAGUGUGUAGCUCAGAUAUUUUUAUUUUCUGAAUCCUCAGACCUUGUUCACAUGUGUGUAUCUGGAUAUUUAGAAAAACUGAGGUUUAAGGUUUCGACUGUGUUUUGGCCUCCAAUCCACACAGAGUUUACUGUGUUUGGUCACUUAUUUUUUUGUUUCGGGGUGUGUUGACGUCUUUCUGUGAGGUACUACCACUAUCGCCCCCUACAGGGCUAACAAGCUAAAGCAAACAUACUUUUGUUUCUGUGUGGAUGGAAAUAUACGUACAGUACCAGUCAAAAGUUUGGACACACCCUAAAUUUUUUUUCAUUAUUAUAUAUAUUUUUUAAACUGAGGUUUUGCCUGUGUUUUGGCCUCCCAUCCACACAGAGUUUACUGUGUUUGGUCCCUUUUUUGAAAGAAACUGUGUUGAGACUAGGGAUACACUGAAGAUCUGGCUAAAUGAAUAAGUAAAAAGAAGUGAAUAGUUUUCUUAAUCUUCUUUGAAAAGCAAACAGAAAAUGCAUUUAGGCUAUAUACUGUAUGCAAUGGUCAGAAAAGUAAAUUCUAUUUAGUUUUCGUCAAAAUUUUAGUUUUCAUGACUUGUAUAGUAAAUUACUAAGGGAGUAGUGUGUAAUUUACUAUUACACUUCUGUAUUUUCCUCCUGUUUCAGGGUGUGUUGAUGUCUUUCUGUGAGGUACUACCAAUAUCACCCCCUACAGGGCUAACAUGCUAAAGCAAACAUACUUUUGUUUCUGUGUGGAUAGAAAUAUAGGUACAGUACCAGUCAAAAGUUUGGACACAUCCUAACGCUGCCCAACAGCGCUACACUUAUGAAACCCUGAGUGCUCCAGUAAGCCAGGGCGAUAUUAGCUAGUGGUUCGUCCCACGUAGCUUGUUGUAACAUGGUAAACACACAGACUACAGGCUGAUAUGCUCACCUCUGAACGGUGAAAGACCUAGCAUGGUUAGCGGCUAAUGCUAAUACUGCUGGAGAACUAAACUGAAGCUCCUGUAUAACUCUGUACUUCAGCGGAGUGACUUUACUGCUCCUGACUGGUAAAAUUCAUACAUGAGAAGGAAGAGCAAUUAAUUAAUUAAUUAAUUAAUAUUAUUAAUUUAAUAUGACUACAUAUUUCCUUAUGUGUUCCUUCAUCUGGAUGACUUCACUUUUCAUUUACAAUGUAGUAAAAAAAAGGUGUGUCCAAACAUUUCAUUGGUACUGUAUUUAAAAAAGAAAAAAAAUACAAAUUAGAAUAAUCUCUUUUUAAAUCUAUCCAGAUACAUUUGUGUACAAGGCCUGAGUUUCAUUGGUUCUCAGCUGCCAAUUCUGAUAUUUGAAAUUGAUAUUUUUCCUUUGUAAAAGUAAACAGAUGCUGUUUUUUUGAGCGGUGAUGCAGCGUUACCAUGAGAAAAGUAGGACUGUAAAUAAAACUUGUGGUAUAAAAUUUAACACUUUUUAUUUUAGCGUGUAUAGAUUAUAUAGAGUAUAGUUCUAUAGACUGUUUUUCAGAAGGUCUUCUGGUAAGGCUUGACUGUAGCUAGCUUUUAUUUGUUAUGAAUGAAUAACAACCAAAAUUGUGAAUGAUGUGGGGGGUGGGUGAUGUCAGGGAUCCCCCACACUGACUCCGGAGCGCAGGCGGGCGACGGCUGUGCUCUCGCAGGGUUCCUUACUCAGGCUGGACCUGGGUUUAACAGAUCCUUGGCUAAUGUAGAAGCACAGAGCGGCUGCUGGAGAGGAGUGAGCACUGCUGCCGCCAGAGUUUCCUGACAGGCACAUAGGCUGCGUUCACAUUAAUUAAAGUCUUUUAAUGAAUCAAUUCAGAUUUAUUUACUCGAAUCAGAUUUGGCGAUCUUAAUUGUACACGUUCACAAAUGUUAGGGCCUGUUUACACCUGGCAUUAACAUAAAUUUCAUAUCUGGAUUGUAUGUGGAUAUAGAAGUCAAAUAAUGCAAAGAAAACAAUUUCAUAUUCAUAAAGUUUUUAAGAGUUUAGAAAUCAAUAUUUGGUGGAAUAACCCUGGUGGUUUUUAAUCACAGUUUUUAUGCAUCUUGGCAUCAUGUUCUCCUCCACCAGUCUUACACACUGCUUUUGGAUAACUUUAUGCUGCUUUACUCCUGGUACAAAAAUUCAAGCAGUUCAGUUUGGUUUGAUGGCUUGUGAUCAUCCAUCUUCCUCUUGAUUAUAUUCCAGAGGUUUUCAAUUAGGUAAAAUUAAAGAAACCCAUAAUUUUUAAGUAGUUUUUUAUUUGUUUUUAGAGCUGUAUGUUCACACAACAGGUAAAAUGUCCCAAAUCUGAUUUUCUGACCACUUGUGAAUGAGGUUUAAGUGAUCCAUAUUCUGUUCACAAUGCAUCUUAUUUAAACCUGCUAUAAUUAUCAAAACCGCAUAUUAAUGCCGGAUGUAAACAGCCCCUAAAUUAUCUGUAUCCCUAAAACACCCUAAAUCAUGCAUUCACACAUAAAUACAUUUAUGCAAUCAUCCAUCUUCCUCUUGAUUAUAUUCCAGAGGUUUUCAAUUUGGUAAAAUCAAUCAAAACUCAUCUUUUUAAGUGGUCUCUUAUUUCUCUCCAGAGUUGUAUAUCCAAUCUACAACCACAAAUGAAAGUGAAUUAAUUCUGGUUUCAAAAAAUCUGAUUUGGGUUGUCCACACCACACUGAAAAACAGGGUUGUUUAACAAAAAGGCAAAAAAAUCAGAUUUGGGUCAUUUUAUUCUGGUAAUGUGAACAUAGACAAAGUGACUAAAAAUCUGGGUAACACUUUCUAUGAAUGUCAUCUCUAUAAGACUCUAUAAACAUACUCAUAACACAUUAUAAUGCAUUCAUAAGGCAUUAUAAACAUGGCUAUACAUAUUUAUAAAACUCUAUAAUUCAUCAUAGCCAUGUUUUUAUGAAUCAUGUAAUUAUAAUGCAUUACUAGCUGUGUUUAUAACAUGUUAUACAUCAAUAUCAAGAAACUCAGUCCCAGCCUGUAGACUUGUAUCAUGACUAAAACAGCUUCCAACUUAUAAUAAACACACCCUCAAUAAUCCUUUAUAUAUUUUUAACCACUCAUCAAUUAUACUUGAAUAUAUUAUUAGUUAUAGUCAAUAAUAAUGUAUUAUAACAGGUCAUAGUGCGCUCUAAGUAAACAUACUUUUCAUUGCAGGACUGGAUUAUUAACGAUAUAUACUAUUUUAACAUGUAUAUCAUAAGCAUAGCUUAUAAUGUAUUAUAAUCACAAGUCAUAAUGCUUAAUAAACAUGGCUAUAGUAGGUUAUGCAUUUUUAUAAAUAUUUAUAGCCAUGUUUAUAAUGCCUUAUGAAUGCAUUAUAAUAUAUUAUAAAUGUAGUUAUAGAGUGUAAUAAAGAUGACAUUCAUAGAAAGUGUUACCAAAAUCUGAUUUAAAAACUAUAAAAACUGUUUUUUUUAGGGCCAAUUAUCAGAUUUGACAUGUGAUUUCCACAACACCCAAAAAAAAAUCGUGUUGAGACAUUUAUACAUUAAUGCAAAAACAAAUCUGAAUUGAGUCACUUUAGACUUGUGAUGUGAACGCAGCCGUAGUGAAUUAUCAUUAGAGUAAUUUAGUUCAGAAGAAGAAAAGGAAAAGAUGUAAAAGGUUUUGGGUUCUAUUGUAAAACAUAUUCAGCACUUGUUACCUCCUUUUUUCUGUUAAAACUUUUCUUAUUAUGUUUCUUUUGGAAACUGGACACUUGUGUUUUUUGAUUUGAUGCCUAGCCUUUUCUUAGAGAUGAUAAUGAAAGCCUUUAGCAGGGUUUGGAAUUUGAUUUGACAGAAUUUUAUUAAUUUCUUUGAUUCUUUAAUUUUUAAAAAGGUACUUUUUGUUAUUUGCCCAUUAACUGAUCGUUUUGCAGUAGUUUUUGUUGUGUUUUUAUUUAGUGUGAUUGAUUACCACUAAUGUGAUGCACUCACUGAUGUUGAGAAUUAUGACGUUUGUGUUUGACUUGUUUCAACAUAUUCUGAGUUUGAUUUUUUUUCCCCACAGAACAGCGCUGAUAUUUAUUCAGAUAUGCAAAUCGAGCUGAAACAGGGUUAUUGGUUCCAAUCCCCCGUGCCUUGCUUUUCGGAGAUCAUGGCUUUCAUGGCGUUCAGUGGACCUGUGUUUAAUGUUCUGGCUGAACACCAUGCUGAUUAAUGCCUUAAGGGUUUUCCUGAGCUCUUAUCUAACGUCAUUCCAAAGCUCCUGCAGGUUCUCUGAUUAUUUCAGGCUGAUCUCUGGUCAGCUGGGCUCUCUGCCAGCAGGCUGCUGUGAUCUAUCUCUUUUAGGGCUGAUUCACCUGUAUAGGACUCUGUGGAGCCUCACCAUGAGCCACUAUGCAAGGUGUGAUACUUCUGACUCAUUUUGUUGUGAAUAAAAAAGGGUUAAUAUUUAAAA